AUGUUCUUCAUACACUUCCUUGAGCAUGUCCUGACGCUGCAUCCGUCGUUCUUCGGGUCGCAUGUGAAGGAGUACCUUAGCCAGAAGCUGCUGGACGAUGUGGAAGGGAUCUGUACGGGCGAUUACUACAUCGUCUGCGUGAUGGACAUGUACGAUAUCUCUGAGGGCAAAAUCAUACCCGGCAGCGGUCUGGCAGAGUACACCAUCGUCUACCGUGCCAUUGUGUGGAAGCCGUUCAAGGGAGAGACGAACCAGGGCAUUUUCGCCGAGGUUGGGCCGUUGACGGUCUUUGUCUCGAAACAUUUGAUUCCGCCGGAGAUCAAGUGGGAUCCAGAUUCGACUCCUCCGCAGUAUACCGAUAACGCAGAUCAGGUCAUCGAGACGGGAACAAACCUUCGAAUAAAGUUGAUUGGACUACGAAAUGAUGUGCGCAACAUGUUUGCGAUUGGAAGCAUCAGAGAAGAUUACCUUGGGUUUGUUUGCUCUCGCUAUCACCGGCUUACAAUGGCCUGUUGGCUGACGCAUUAUCCUCUGCCAGGACUCUGUAAUAAUGAACCGAACACUCUUUUUUUUUUCUAUAUCUUCACUAUCCUUGCACGAACUGGCCCGCUGGCUGCCGGCCCGCCAUCAACCAUCCUAACUGCACAGCCACCACCUACAUUUACCAAUUAUGGAUAUGCUUCUCACCAAUGCAGGCCCUUAACCUCUGCUCUCGAGCUACCGCAGUUCGGCGAUAUGGAGAGACAUAGGGCACGAGGGAAACCCCCCUGGUGGAAAAAAUCUCAUCCGUACAUCCAUCCUGGUAUCGAGGACUUCUUCCUUUCUCCUUCCUAUAUGUGUGAGACCAGAAAACAAAAACACUUGUAUACUAGAAGCUCUACCAAACUAAAAUAA